CUUAAAACUCUACACCUGACGUCUGCGUUACUCACGCGGUGACACCACAGAAUACGGCCUAUACUACAAAGGCAACGGUGGUCGAAAACCUGAAGCCUUCUCAUGUCUUUCACCUUCAAUGGCCAUGUUUCACAGCCAUACUGCAGAACAGAGGGGACUUCUGUGCAUUUGUUAGCUGUGGUACUGCUGAAGACCAAUCCUGGAGCAACAAUUUGCAUUUGGGUGGUGAGAAACGCAUCCCAAACAUUCUCAAAUUGCCACUCGAAGUGUUCAGAAGACUCUGCAUCUUGUCAGCGUCUUCACUUAACAGGACUAUUUCAUCUGCGUAUUCUAGGUCUAACAAAAAUUCUCCUGUGAUCAGGUCAACGUCGGUGUGACCUGGUGACAAGAGGGAAACCUCUAUGAGAAUAUUUAUCAUAAGAUUGAAUAAGAAUGGAGACAGUGGACAUCCUUGACAGACACCACUCGAUGAGUAUAUCUCCCUGGACAUCUCACCAUAGGCUAAGACGUCCACAAGUGUUCGAGAAGAAAGCCUUC